GCCCGGUAGGGCGCCGCUCUUUUUUGAACCUGAAACCGAAAGUAAGAUAGUAGAAGACACCGCAGUAUGUCGAUAAGCGCCGCCUUGGUCACUUUACUCGGACUUAUUUUCAUAUUUUUAAGUUGAUUUGAAUUGGAUGAUAAAAGCAUGGAUCUUCAGAAGCUUCUUGAGAUUGAUGAGGACCUGGAGAAAGGUGAAGUGGCUCAGCUUAAGUUUCUCUGCACUGACCUAGUUCAGAAGAAGCGUUUGGAGACAGUGACUGAUUUCAAAGAUCUCUUUCAAAGACUUGAGGAGCAGGGACUCGAUGAGGGGCUGCUUAUCCCUGAGCUUCUCAUCACAAUUCGACGCCUAGACUUGCUAAAGAUCCUAAACACGUCCAAAGAGCAGGUGGAGCAUGAUCUGGCACAUGAUGACUAUAAGCGUGUAUCAUCGUACAGAAAGAUGCUUUUUCAAUUGUCUGAGGACAUGACUGAAGAAAACCUUCGUAUUGUGAAGUUUCUUUCGGAUCUUCCAAAAGCAAAACUUGAAACAUGUACUUCAUUUCUAGACAUUAUUAUUGAGAUGGAAAAGCAACAGAAGCUUGGAGAAGACAACCUGGAUGAACUGAAAGAUAUUCUGGACAAAUGUGACAAACAGCUGGCUGACAGAAUAGAGAAGUUCAGGAACACGCAAAGAGAUCGGGAACAAGCUUUGUCUUGUCCAGUAGGGGGCAGACCUCCUCUACAGGAAUUGUCUAAUCAGGAACACUUCAUACCCAGCUAUCCUGAAAGAAGUAUUACAAAUUCUAUGGAGACAGAAAUGAGUGGACUUAGGAGACCCUCUCUUGCUACUGAUUCACAGAUUGAGGAACAGACAACCACAAAUGAUGAGGACUACUAUCCCAUCAGCCAUAGACCUGUAGGACACUGUUUAAUCAUCAACAAUUACAACUUCGAAAUGUCCAAAAUUCAGAAAUUAGGGAACCGAAAAGGCACACAUAAAGACAAAGAAUCACUUGAGAGAGUAUUUAAGAAAAUGCAUUUUGAGAUUACUGUGCACGAUGAUCUGACAGCCUCAGAGAUGGUCGAAGUGGUGAAGCAGUUUGCAGAAAAGGAUCACUCUCAAAUGGACAUUUUCGUGUGCUGUGUCCUCUCCCAUGGAGAGAAAGGUGCUGUCUUCGGUGUAGAUGGCGAGCUGGUUGAAAUCCGUGAGCUCACGCAGCACCCAGCUAAAUGCCGCACAUUGGCUAACAAGCCUAAGCUUUUCUUCAUUCAAGCCUGCCAGGGUAAAGAGCGCCAUGAACCCAUGUGGAUGGCGGAUGGAGAGGAGCAAAGUACAGAAGAAGGAACAUUUGAAGAGGAUGCUCAAAAGGUUGCGUCCUACAGUAUCCCUAUAGAAGCUGAUUUGCUGAUUGGAAUGGCCACAGUAGAGGAUUACCAAUCUUACCGUCACACCACAGAGGGAUCCAUUUAUAUUCAGGAGCUUUGUAGACAACUGGAGGAUCUCUGCCCCAGAAAACAGGAUAUCUUGUCCAUUCUGACGAAGGUGAACUCUGAAGUGAGCACUAAGACGUUGAAAGGCUGCAAGCAGAUGCCCGAACCUCGAUAUACCCUCAGAAAGAAACUUGUCCUUCCCAUGGACUGAAGUUUUUUGCUUUGUAUGACUGUCUUCAUGUUGGACAAGUUUCCGUUACUUUACGGGCUCUUUGGUACAGAUUAUAUUUGAUGAUCAGAGAGCUAUGGUUAUUUGGAUUCAUUUUAAAUGCCAGAGUCUGAUCUUUUUUAUUAAAUAUAUGAAAUUAGUUUAUCUGAUGUACAAGACCUUGUAAAGAACCAUUUGGAAGAAUAAAACAUUUAUAUUUGA